AUGAGCAAGCGCAGUUGAACAGAUAUUUUAAAGUUGACGCUCCUUGAUUCGCAUUUGCUGUUUCGCACGGUUCCCGUUAUACACAUCGUCAAUAUGGCUUCUGCUGACCCAAGGAUUCGUCAAAUCAAAAUUAAGACUGGUGUAGUGAAAAGGCUAACUAAAGAGAAAGCUAUGUAUGAAAAAGAAUCAAUAGAACAAGCAGCAAAAGUUCAAAAAAUGGAAGAUGAAAAGAAGGAUGAGUACGACAUCAGGAAACAGAAAGAAGUUUUACAAGAAUCUAAACAAAUGAUCCCUGACUGUGAGAAAAGGCUACGUAAAGCACACAGUGAACUGACAACCAUGCUGGAAAAUGAGAAAGACUUAGAAGAAACUGAAGAAUAUAAAGCAGCGCAAACGGUCUUACAAGAAGCGAAUAUUAAAGACUAGGUAUUAUUGUAUUCAUAUCACUGAUCACAAAUCAUUUAUGAUAAUGAUAAGAAAUCAUAAUUUGUCUGUAUCUGCACCAACCUCUGAAUUUGCAUCGUGCUUUGAAGGUUAUCCUUCCCUGGGAUCAUUGACAAUUAAUAUUGUAAUUUAAAAUUAUGGAAUGUGAUUUCCAGAGAUUGUACUUGCCCUGAUUGAAUAAUUAAUUUUUUAUGCAUUCUGUACAAUAUUUUCCUUAUAUGCAUUGCGCGCAGACUUGUAUCAAGUGUUUAUGUAUGAACCCUGAUAUGUGUUUUCUUGAGAAUUCCAUAGGUUCUGUGGUUAUAAUACUUGAUUGCAUUUAUAAUUUAAUAUGUGGGUAGCCAUCACGUGAUCAUGGUUUGUCUAAUGCGUAAAUUUGACAAUUGGCAGUUGUCAUAUUCAAAAUACUUAGAUAUACAAAUUAUGUUCCUGAUGUGUGUUUUGAAUAUCAAGUGCUAGUAUAACAUGUUUUGGUUUAACACAAAUGAAAUGAACUAUGGUGUAACACGUGUUGCAGACAGCCUCUAUUUCAUCUCACAUUGCGCCAAUCUGUAUAGAUAAUUUUGGGAUUCACAUUUGGUUAUGUCUGACUAUAAUCUGGGAAAAAUACACAAUCAAAUUUAAUUAAACACAUUAUUGUCAUACAAUCUAGUUUUGUUUCAUUAUUGUUUAGGGGAACUAUCUGUGUUUGUCUACAUUUUUUUUCAGAUUUAUCCAUAUUCAUACAAUUUUUGUGUACUAAAUAAGUAAACACAUAGUGAUAUGGCGUGCGUUCGUGGUAAUAGAAUGUAAACAACUGAAAAAUGGAUUUUUGGCUGACUGAAAAUUAAUUUUUCAGCUGUCUGAGGUUGGGUGUAUAUGGGUACCACAAAAGUUUGUUGACUUGUAUGGGUUGAAAACUAUGAAAUAAAAAUUACAAAAAACUCAGUUUCUGCCAGCUCUUUCUGUCGUUGACAAAUGUCUAAAAUGAAACACUGUCAGCAAACACUUUGUAUACAU